CGCAUGCGCAGUGUGAGGCGGCGCCACCAUGAACCCCCUGACGAAGGUGAAGCUGAUCAACGAGCUGAACGCGCGGGAGGCGGAGCUGGGCGUGCAGGAGGCGGUCUCGUGGCACGCGGAGUACAAGGACAGCGCCUGGAUCUUCGUCGGCGGGCUGCACUACGAGCUGACCGAGGGGGAUGUCAUCUGCGUGUUCUCGCAGUACGGGGAGGUCGUCAACAUUAACCUGGUGCGGGACAAGAAGACCGGAAAGUCCAAAGGCUUCUGCUUUCUGUGCUAUGAGGACCAGAGGAGCACCAUUCUCGCUGUUGACAACUUCAAUGGGAUCAAGAUCAAAGGAAGGACGAUUCGAGUGGAUCAUGUGGCCAACUAUCGGCCCCCCAAAGACUCCGAUGACUUAGACGAAGUCACAAAAGCCCUCCAUGCAAAGGGUUGUGGAGUUAAAACGCCACCUCAUACGUCAUCGGAUUCCCUGUCGGAAGAUGAUGAUGUGCCCGUAAAAAAGCAGAAAGAGAAGGAGAAAAGUAGGCAGGAGCGGCAGAAGCAGAGCUCGCAGGCCGCGAAGAGGGCGGUGUCCGCAGAGGAGGCGCACCCCAGAAUCAAGAUUAAGAAGGAGAAGGAGGACCCUGGCUACGAGCGCUACGCCAGCGGGAGCCAGCAGCCCUGGAAGGGCUCCGACAGGAAGCCUGUGAGCAGGACGCAGCGAGAAGAGGAGGAGCGGCGGCACCAGAGGCCUUCGGAGAGAAGAGGGGAAAAGAGCUGCCAGGACCAGAGGGGACAGAGUGGUUUGUGGGAAGAGCGGGAGAAGAGGGAGGAGGCUGGCAGGAAGGGCGACGGGCACGGCAGCCGGCGAGAAGAGUGUCCCGAGGGGGGCAGAUCCCGGGAGCGCUGGGAGCACGGCAGGGAGCCCCAUCCCAGGCACAGGGAGCGGGGCUCCGCGAGGGGCUCCAGCCGCUGCUGAGCCCUGGGGUGAGCACUCCAGGGGCUGAGUGCGGCCCCCAGCCCACCCAAAAACCUGCUCUGAGCCUCCCUGGGGGGUGCCGUGGCUGGACGCUCACCUCCAACGGCUUCCACGUGGUUUCUCAUUCCAUCCUUGGCCAGGGCUCCUUCCUGCCUGUGCUGCAGAGCGGGAUGCGAGUUUUGUUGCCCCCCUUGGCCCUUCUCGCAGCGAUGGACUCGCAGGUGUGCCGGGACGCUGCGGCAUGUGGGCGGUCGCUGGGAGCGGCAGGAUGCUCUCCUUCCCAAAACUGCCCAGCCCCUGUGCGGGUGUCCCUCUCUCGUGCUGCAGGGAGAGACCCAUGGGUGCCUCGUCGGCUUCAUGCACCAAAUUUGGGUCCUGAGGGCCCCUCCCAGCGCCUCUCCUGGGGCUGGGAGGGACCCCGAGCGCUGCUGCCGCGGGGCUAUGGACUGGCGGCGGGUUUAAACGCCUCUUAAUAAAGUCACCCGUGAGCCAGCAGCCAGCCCUGGGCGCGGCGUUCCUCCUACCGCAA